AUGGUGAAGCUGCGCGCUUUUGGCUGUGACCUUAUCAGUUGGGUCUUUUCCUUCGAAGCCUGCGCGCUCGCGUUAGACGUUGCUGAUAAGUGCAUCUUGGGGCCCGUCGACCCUACUGAAAUGUACACAGCUCUACUGGCACCAGCCUUUUCGAUUUCGGCCCUAUUUUUUACCCUAGCCCAGAUCUUAACGUCAAUGUGA